GCAUGCCAUUUCUUGCCACCGUCAACAUCCUGGAUAGUGAGAGUAAGCCUAAACAAGCGAUGUUACAUAUCUAUAUAAGAAAAUCAAGUCACGCGAAAUUGAUCCUUAGGCAGAGCGGCAGAAAUAGUAAAAGUCUCAAGGAGUGGUUUAGA